AUGUUGAAAAUCCUCUCUCGCCCACGGCCAGCUUAUGUCCACGGCCCACUUACGUCCACGGCCCGCUUACGUCCACGGCCCGCUUACGUCCACGGCCCGCUUACGUCUACGGCCAGCUUAUGUCCACGGCCCGCUUACGUCCACGGCCCACUUUCGUCUACGGCCCGCUUACGUCCACGGCCCGCUUACGUCUCUACAGCCCGCUUACGUCCACGGGCCCGCUUACGUCCACGGCCCACUUACGCCUACGGCCCACUUACGUCCACGGCCCGCUUACGUCCACGGCCCGCUUACGUCCACGGCCCGCUUACGUCUACGGCCAGCUUAUGUCCACGGCCCGCUUACGUCCACGGCCCACUUUCGUCUACGGCCCGCUUACGUCCACGGCCCGCUUACGUCUACGGCGGCCAAGUUUACUUAGGUCUCGUUCUCCGUCACUAA